AUGAUCUAUUUGCCCUCUUGUUCCCUUUCUGAUUCAGGGUAUCUGGCCCCAGAAGUCGCAGACACCAAGAAAUUGUCCCAAGCUUCUGAUGUCUACAGCUUCAGAGUUGUGCUACUUGAACUUCUUACUAGACAGCCAACUAUUCUUACUAAAGUUAAUGAGGCCAUUCAGCUAGUUAGCUGGGUUGCUUCUGUUGUUCGUCAUGAGGAAUUGACUGCAGAAGUGUUCGAUAUAGAGUUGUUGAGGUAUCAAAACAUCGAGGAGGAAAUGGUGAAGUUUUUGCAAAUAGCGUUGCUUUGUGUUGACAGUGUUCCCGGUCAUAGACUGAAAAUAUUAGGUGAUGGCGUCUUCUUUCUCUUGCAACAGAAUGGAGUGCCUUUGGUUACCUCUUUCAAUUUAGUUGACAAGGAAGAAUUUUAUUGCUGA